AUGUGCUGGGGACAGGGAAGCUGCCCCAAAUCCAAGUGCAAUGAUGUUCUUAUUUGGACUGACGGAUACCAAGUCACACAUAGGUCAUCAGACCGCUACCAUCUCAAUGACAACAUUGCAAGGGGCCAGAUCUCACUAACUAUUAGCCAAGCAAGAAUGAGUGACGCCGGGAUGUACUGCUGUCGUAUAGAGCAUCAUGGGUGGUUCAAUGAUGAGAAGAAAAGCAUCCAACUGGACAUGGAAAAAGCUCCAACAACGACUCCACCGACAACGACUCCACCGACAACAGCAAGGAGGACAACGCCCAAAACGACUCGCCCACCUGUCAGGAAAACUACUCCACCACCUAAAACUGCGAAGGCCACCACACCGCCAGCUACAACUGUAAAAGCUAUGACUCUGCUACCUACACCUGAAAUAAUUUAUACACCCCCACCUACACCUGCCAGAACCACCAUAAUAGUACCUACAGAUAAGGAAACUAUAGAAACUAGCACAGUACCUACAGCCGAAAGAACUACAACUCCACAGCCAACACCGGCAGGAUCUACUGCAGCACCAGCUGUUAAAACUACAACCCCACCCUUCACUACUCCCAUCGAUGAGACUACCACUGAAGCAAAGCCUCUGAGCACAGAACCAUAUGUGAUUUGUGAUUUUUCUGAAGAAAUGAUUCACCCGCAUGAAGCAUUUGACCAUCAUCACCCUAGAAGUACGCUUCCUUCACAGCCUGCGCCCCAUUCCAGCGAAAAUGGUAACUCUGACCUCUUCUCAGGAAAUAUAACAACAGAGGUGAAAGAGGAAAGUGGUUUGGCUGUCCAUAUGCUCAUCACUGCAGUUUGUGUAUCAGUAAUCGUACUAGUUGUGGCAUCCCUGCUCAUUCUAAAGUGCAGAGGUAAAGAAAGAGGACGCUAUCUUUUUGGCUUAGAUCCCAAUUUGGAGCUGGUCAACCAUGCCGAAGCUCCAUUGUCAGAAACAGACAUUGAAAUUUCACAGACAGUCACACUUGAAGUGGAUAAAGUAGAAGCUGACAAACCUACAUUUUAA